AUGUCCACUCCAGACUCACGUCCUGCAAAGAGGCAGCGCAUUUACCGUGCAUGUGACCAAUGUCGGCGUCGCAAGUCAAAAUGCGAUGGGGAACAGCCUGUUUGCUCCAUUUGCCACUCAGCUAAUCGUAACUGCACCUAUCAAUCUGGUGGUGGGCGACGGGGACUUCAAUCCGGAUAUGUACGAAGCCUUGAGACUCUUCUCGGCAUGAUAUUCCAAUAUAUUCCAAGUAGUGAAGCCACUGUUCAGGGUAUAUUGCGCGAUUCAAAACGCAAUAACUUCCUGACGAGCAAGACGGCGAAUCGUUCUGUGGAUGUAUGGCGAAAAUCCAAACUAUCCCGCGAUGUAGCUCAAUUGCUGUCACUAGAUUCGGAUGAUCCUCCAUCUGAUGAUCUGGAUUGGGAACCGCUGGAGGUGCAGCAUCAGAGUAUGAAUGACCAACCCCAGCGAAUUGAGACUUCAGUAUCAAUGCAUCUGCCAAAGUUGUCUCUGCCAUUGAAGCUCAUAGAUAUUCCACUUCCAAGUAACACAUCGAACUUGGUGGACUUCUAUUUUACAUAUACGCAUUGCUGGUUCCCAAUUCUUGAGCGCAGGGAGCUUCUCAGAGUAAUGCACACAAGCUCGAGCCAAUCGGCUUCAGGACCCUCUGCCUCUCAUUUAUUGCUAUUAUCAGUAAUCUCAUACACAUGUACAAUGAAGGGCAUUUAUGCCACAAAUAUUCCAACGGCAUCAGCAAUUCAAGUUGCCAUCUACGAACAGGCACUAGCUGAUUGGAAAUUGCUAGAACUAGGUCACAUUCAGGCUACAUUAGUCCUGGCCCUAGCCUAUAUCGCAAUGGGAAGAAUCCCAGCUGCAUGGAUACUUGCAGGAAAAGCUAUGAGGAUGGUCACUACGCUGCCUUUACCAGAAAGGAAGAGCCGCUAUACUCACACGGUUAAUGGCUGUAUACUUCUGGACAACCUGUUAUCCACUCUACUCGGAAUGACACCCUGCCUUUCUCCAUCAGAACAAAUGAAGUGCGGUCCGGUGGAGGAGGAUGAUUUGGAUGAAUGGGAGGUGUGGUCCGUAUCCCGAUCCAGUCAGAAUACACCAGCAUCACCGUUACGUGCAUUGAGCACAUUCAACCUCAUCGGAAGGGUCAUGCAACAUCUGUCCCAUAUAUUGUACGAAUCAGUCGAUUCAUCGCAUGCUGAAGAAAUUUUGGUCACACUGAGGAAAGACCAGGAUAUGAUCGUCCAGAGCCAGCCAUACAGUCGGCACGGGUCUACGUGUCCUCCCCUUCUUGUCUUACAUAUAAUAUCAGCAUCGACAACUCUAUUAUUUAUUCGCAAGUUUGGGCUGGACCUUCCUGCCGUGAUGGGAACUUGUGCUCGUAUAAUCUCAAAUAUGCUAAACAUGCUAGACCAUUAUGUUGAACUGACAAAAUUGAACCACCCAUCACCACUGAUUUACAUUUUCGCACUUCAGUGUGAGAAAUCUCUCGAGUUUGCAACCAUUGCUCUAGAAAAUACCGACGUUGCACACCUCGGAAGACGCAUCCUUCAAUAUUUGCAGCCCCUUCGAGAGCUACAAAACGCACCAAAUACCAGUUUGCAUAGGCCGAGCAUUAUUCUUCCUGCUCCACAUGAAGAUACCGGAAUAGUAGCUAUACAAUCUCAAUCUGAACCUCUGUCAUUACAAUUACCAGACAUAACUCCACCGAGUCAAUUGGCCACUUCUGAGACGGUAUUAGGAGAAUUAGAUGGAUACGACGACUUAUUUGCAGAAAUGGUCACCUCCUUCCCUCCAACUCGACAAGAACCUAUAUUUGCACAUAAUUUGGGCUUUUAUGAUGGUGAUCUCGACACAGAUUUCCUGGCUCAGCUUCAGAAUCCAACUGGUUAA